CGCUCCCUUCCUCUCUGAAAUCAAUAGAAAUAAAUAAUGCCCCACUUGUUCCCCUGCGCCUAGCGGAACCUUUGGGAAGCCGGAACCAAUGUGCUGUGCGGCUCCGGCAGCCGGGGGACUGCUUUGGUAUGGGACCACCAGCUCUCCCCGGUGGCUCAGUCCAGACAGUUCCGGGGACGCGGGAGUGUGGCCUUCUUCCGCCGACAUGCACCGACAGAACUUCCGACCCCCGACUCCUCCUUACCCCGGCCCGGGGGUAGGAGGUUGGAGCAGCGGGAGCAGCUACCGGGGUACCCCGGGCGGAGGCGGGCCGCGGCCUCCCUCCCCUCGGGACGGGUACGGGAGCCCGCAUCACACGCCGUCGUUCGGGCCCCGGUGUAGGCCCUACGGGAGCAGCCACUCUCCGCGACACGGCGGCAGCUUCCCCGGGGGCCGGUUCGGGUCUCUGUCCCCUGGCGGCUACCCUGGCUCCUACUCCAGGUCCCCCUCGGGGUCCCAGCAGCAAUUUGGCUACUCCCCAGGGCAGCAGGCCCACCCCCAGGGUUCUCCAAGGACAUCUACACCCUUUGGAUCAGGGCGUGGUAGAGAAAAAAGAAUGUCUAAUGAGUUGGAAAGUUAUUUCAAACCUUCAAUGCUUGAAGACCCUUGGGCUGGCCUAGAACCAGUGUCUGUAGUAACCCCCGACUCCUCCUUACCCCGGCCAGGGGGUAGGAGGUUGGAGCAGCUACCGGGGUACCCCGGGCGGAGGUGGGCCACGGCCUCCCUCCCCUUGGGACGGUGUGGCGGCGGCAAAGACGGAAGUCCAUGCCGUCAUGCACAAUUUCAAUGCAACGAACAUUCAGUAAGCGGCCACAAUCUGGCAGCAAAUCCACUGAGUGGCGGAAGGAAAACAGCUGAGUGCAGCGGCAUCUUUGCCCUUGCAGAAAUUACGAAUGAAAACAGGACAACUGAAUCUACACUAUUGAUGAAGCAAGGAUUCAUUGAAGUCAGAAAUUUUGAAUGUGAUUUGGAUGGUGAUCUUUUGGUAGAAGAACACUCACAUAGUGUGCAUAAUAUCUUCAGACAGUAA